UGCCCGGCUGCUCAGCUGGUGGCCGGGAGAAGUUAGUCACCCCCCUAGCCCGAAGUCAGCAAGUGUUGGGAGUUUGAACAAGCUAGGAGAUGAGAAGGCUGGAAGUCAGCUACCGGGGAGCGACUGGAGAGAGCCAGGGAAAAGAGAGAUGGACUUGGGGGGUGCACGGGCGACUACCCUGACAAGUGAAGCUACCAGGUCUACAAGGCCAGAGCGCACAGGCUGGCAAAAUGAGACAAGAACUUCAUAUCCCGCGCAAGAACAGCAAGGGGAAAGAGGCAGAGAGAGAUUUUUAAAACACACCAAAACACCCCUUCAGGAGAUGAGGUAAGCCGAGGUUAGCCAACCCCGAUUGGUUGUGAAAUACCACACAGACCCAGAGUUGCUGUGACUUUAAAUGAGGCCAAGUGGAUUUUCUCGUUUUCUGCCCAAAUAUACUUUUUCUCUCUUAAUCUCUUUCUCACCCUUGCUCCUUCCUUUGUCCCUCCUUCCACCUUGCUAGGUCCUGGUCCCUUCCUCCUUCCCGGUCUCCCUUUCCUCGAUCACCCUCCUCCUCCUCUCCCUGCGCCCUCCCCCAUCAGAUUAGGCGCGGACCGGGAAGGGUGGGAGUGGUGGGGGAAGCUCUCCCUUUAAGAGGCAGCGUGCAGUGACGAAUUGUUGAAAUUGCCAUUGCAGGAUGGCACGCCGCUAUAAAUUCAUUGUCCCACCUCCUCGCAUCUUCACAGCGCCUGAGCCGCUCUCCGCGCCCGCAGCAGCCGACUGGGGAUGAUCCCGGGCGGGGAGGACGCGGCAACCGAAGGGACCGGGACGCGCCGCCUCGCUGGCUCUCCGCAGGCCGCCUCCUAGCUUUUGAUUUUAAACAUUUUAGGCGUUUUCUUUCUUUCUUUCUUUCCUUUCCUCCUGUCCCAUUUCUCCCUGCCUUCGGGUUCCAGCAGAGCCGAGGAAGCCCUCAGAAUAAGAAAGGAAGUGGGUCGGAGCUCGGAAGCUUUGCAGCCGGCCAGCCCCGGGCUUCGAGGGGGCGGGAGCCGCCGCGCACCAGUUGCGGGCCGGGAGCGCGGUUGCCCUCCUUACUGUCAGCUGUUUGUUUUUGAUCUGUUUGUGCAAAGAUCUUGUCUGCGUUGGGCCUCUCUCCUCUCUCUCUCUCUUUUUUUUUGUAUUUGUUUGCUCUCCACCUCUUGGCUUUUGCCCCCCCCCCUUUAUUUAAAAUUUUGUUUGUUUGUUUGUUUGUUUUUAAUUUUUCUCCCUCCGUCUCUUGGACCUCAAUUCCAAACAUUUUCCAAACCAACAAAGAAAAAGUUCUCACAGCACAGUGGUACCGCGGCCAGGAAAGCCUGGCGCUCUGCUGCGGGUCCCCCUCCCCUACCUUUUCCUGGACACUUGACUCAACCUUGCUCGCAAGUGUGUAGAGUGUGUGGCUGUGGGUGGGUGGGUGGGAGGGUGAGCCCCCCACCCCCGCCCCUAAAACUUCCAGAGCAAAUAGCAAGCAUCCAGCUAGACUCAGUCGCGCAGCCCCUCCCGGCGGGCAGCGCACUAUGCGGCUCGAGUGGGCGUCCUUGUUGCUGCUACUACUGCUGCUGUGCGCGUCCUGCCUGUCCCUGGCCGCUGACAACCCUGCCGCGGCACCUGCCCAGGAUAAAACCAGGCAGCCUAAGGCUGCUGCAGCGGCCGCCCAGUCCGACCAGCGGCAGGGGGAGGAAACACAGGAGCCAGGCCAUCCUCAAGCCUUGGCUGGGCAGCGCAGGAGCGGCGGGCUGGUACAGAAUAUAGACCAACUCUACUCUGGCGGUGGCAAAGUGGGCUACCUUGUCUACACGGGCGGCCGGAGGUUCCUGCUGGACCUGGAGAGAGAUGACACAGUGGGUGUUGCUGGUGGCAUCUUUACUGCAGGAGGAGGGCUGAAUGCAUCCUCUGGCCACCGGGGUCACUGCUUCUACAGAGGCACUGUGGAUGGCAGUCCUCGAUCCCUAGCUGUCUUUGACCUCUGCGGGGGUCUCGAUGGCUUCUUCGCAGUCAAGCAUGCGCGCUACACGCUGAAGCCGCUCCUAAGUAGGUCCUGGGCACAACACGAACGAGUUUAUGGGGAUGGGUCUUCACGCGUCCUGCAUGUCUACACCCGCGAGGGCUUCAGCUUCGAGGCCUUGCCGCCACGCACCAGUUGCGAGACUCCUGCGUCCCCGUCUGGGCCCCAAGAGAGCCCCUCGGUGCACAGUCGUUCUAGGCGACGCUCAGCGCUGGCCCCGCAGCUGCUGGACCACUCAGCUUUCUCGCCAGCUGGGAACGCCGGCCCUCAGACUUGGUGGAGGCGGAGGCGCCGGUCCAUCUCCAGGGCCCGCCAGGUGGAGCUCCUCUUGGUGGCUGACUCGUCCAUGGCCAGGAUGUAUGGGCGGGGCCUGCAACAUUACCUGCUGACCCUGGCCUCCAUCGCCAACCGGCUGUACAGUCAUGCAAGCAUCGAGAACCAUAUCCGCCUGGCCGUGGUGAAGGUGGUGGUGCUCACGGACAAGGACAAGAGUCUGGAGGUGAGCAAGAAUGCGGCCACAACCCUCAAGAACUUUUGCAAAUGGCAGCACCAACAUAACCAGCUAGGGGAUGACCAUGAGGAGCACUACGAUGCAGCCAUCCUGUUCACCCGAGAGGAUUUAUGUGGGCAUCAUUCAUGUGACACCCUGGGAAUGGCAGACGUUGGGACCAUAUGUUCUCCGGAGCGCAGCUGUGCUGUGAUUGAAGAUGAUGGCCUCCACGCAGCCUUCACUGUGGCUCAUGAAAUUGGACAUCUACUUGGCCUCUCUCACGAUGAUUCCAAAUUCUGUGAAGAGAACUUUGGUUCUACAGAAGACAAGCGUUUAAUGUCUUCAAUCCUUACCAGCAUUGAUGCAUCCAAGCCCUGGUCCAAAUGCACUUCAGCCACUAUCACAGAAUUCCUGGAUGAUGGUCAUGGCAACUGUUUGCUAGACCUACCACGGAAGCAGAUUCUAGGUCCCGAGGAACUCCCAGGACAGACCUAUGAUGCCACCCAGCAGUGCAACUUGACAUUUGGGCCUGAGUACUCUGUGUGCCCUGGCAUGGAUGUCUGCGCGAGGCUGUGGUGUGCUGUGGUGCGCCAAGGUCAAAUGGUGUGUCUGACCAAGAAGCUGCCUGCUGUGGAGGGCACUCCCUGUGGGAAGGGAAGAAUCUGCCUGCAGGGCAAAUGUGUGGACAAAACUAAGAAAAAAUAUUACUCGACAUCAAGCCAUGGAAAUUGGGGGUCCUGGGGCCCCUGGGGUCAGUGUUCCCGCUCAUGCGGGGGAGGAGUACAGUUUGCCUACCGCCAUUGCAAUAACCCGGCACCUCGAAACAGUGGGCGCUACUGCACAGGGAAGAGAGCCGUAUACCGCUCCUGCAGCGUCACGCCCUGCCCACCUAACGGUAAAUCUUUUCGCCAUGAGCAGUGUGAAGCCAAAAAUGGUUAUCAGUCUGAUGCCAAAGGAAUCAAAACAUUUGUAGAAUGGGUUCCCAAAUAUGCAGGUGUCCUGCCAGCAGAUGUGUGCAAGCUGACCUGCAGAGCUAAGGGCACUGGCUACUAUGUGGUCUUUUCUCCAAAGGUGACCGAUGGGACCGAAUGUAGGCCUUACAGCAACUCCGUGUGUGUCCGAGGAAGGUGCGUGAGAACUGGAUGUGACGGCAUCAUUGGCUCGAAGCUACAAUACGACAAGUGUGGAGUAUGUGGAGGGGAUAACUCCAGCUGUACAAAGAUUAUCGGAACCUUCAAUAAAAAAAGCAAGGGUUAUACUGACAUUGUGAGGAUCCCUGAAGGAGCCACCCACAUAAAAGUCCGACAGUUCAAAGCCAAAGACCAGACGAGAUUCACUGCUUACUUAGCCCUAAAGAAGAAAACUGGUGAAUACCUUAUCAACGGCAAAUACAUGAUCUCCACUUCAGAGACCAUCAUCGACCUCAAUGGUACCGUCAUGAACUACAGUGGGUGGAGCCACAGAGAUGAUUUUUUACACGGGAUGGGCUAUUCAGCCACAAAAGAAAUCCUGAUCGUGCAAAUCCUUGCAACAGACCCAACUAAAGCACUAGAUGUCCGUUACAGCUUUUUUGUUCCCAAGAAGUCCACUGAAAAAGGAAACUCUGUCAUGAGCCACGGUAGCAACAAAGUGGGGCCGCACUCUUCGCAGCUGCAGUGGGUGACAGGCCCAUGGCUGGCCUGCUCUAGGACCUGUGACACAGGCUGGCACACCAGGACCGUGCAGUGCCAGGAUGGAAACCGGAAAUUAGCCAAGGGAUGUGUUCUCUCUCAGAGGCCUUCUGCAUUUAAACAAUGUUUGCUGAAGAAAUGUUAGCCUGUGGUUUACUCUUACGCACAAAAAUAACAGGGGGAAUCGCUGCAGAUACAGUUGCGGGGAAGACAAGGCCUACCCAAAGCACAGAAAGCCAUGCCUUCAUGUCAUUGUCACCAUGAGUCGAAUUAUGGGCAGAAUCUGCUCUCUGCUGCGACCAAAAGAUGUACUCUACUUGGUGUGAUGAUGGUGAUCUUGGAAUAGAGAAGACGUGGGAGUUAUGGAAUAUCCCUGGGCCUACACAAAGGAGACACGCGAUGAUGAAUGUAGAAUCGGGGACAUUUGAAGAUGGCAGAGAAGUCUUGUCACCUACCUCUUAUAGAAUGUCUUCAAAGGCAUCGUGAUCAUGCUCAGCCAUGACACACAGCUUAUUUUUACUGUUUGUAAAUGCAUCCGCCCUUGGUAUGUCACUUUAUAAACAUGGUCCUAUUAAUAUAUAUAUACAUGUGUGUAUGUAUAUGUACAUAUAUAUACACAUACAUGUAUACACAUACAUGUGUGUAUACAUGUAUGCGCAUACAUGUAUAUGUAUAUACAUGUAUAUUGCUAUAACAAAAUAUUUGACCAAAGUAGGUCUGCAGCUAUUUCAACUACUAGUUUCCAGAAAGAGCUGUGGAAGAUUUACUGGAAAUUAAGAACUUGCUGCUGUUAAAUAAGACUUUGUAUGUUGUCAGUCUGCAGGAGAUAACAUUUUAGUUAAAAAAAAAAAGAAAAAGAAAAAGAAACCAUUUUGAUGGCAAGCACCUUUUGUGAAAUUCUAAAAAGGGCCUGUGUGUGUCUGGUCAUUUAAACACAUACUCAGUUCCGUGUGCUCUGAAUUUUGACGGUCUAUAUUUUUCAAGCAGACAGCCAAGUUAUUGUAUCAUUGGGGUGUAGACAUUGUGUUUUCCUGUGUAUAUGUGAUCAGUGUGCAAGGGUCUAAAAGUCAGCUUGCUUGUAUUGGAAUUUAGAAAAGAAAACAAAUAUGUCACUGUGUUUUCAAUUUAUAUUUUCACGACUACUUCCUUUUCUAUGGUUCCUGGUUCAUAUCUCACAAUGUGUCAUAAUCAUAGCGAACACGCAUCCGCACGGUGUCUGUCACACCCACCAUCUUCAGUCAUGGCUUACCUCUGCUCAGUGUUUGUGUUUGCUUCUUUAUUUUUCCCAAGGGUUGGAAGACGUGUGUUCUGUAUUGACUGGGUCUAACAGUAAUAUUAAAAUCAUUUCAUCUUUAGCCUCAUCUUGAAUGAACAAUCGGAUCAAUUCAUGAAAGCAAACCGGUUAGCACUUAAAAGACUGUUUCCACACCAUAGGCGAUUAUCUCAAAAUUUACAAAAUAUAGGCAUAUACCUGCUGUGUUAGAGAAUUUUCCCUAUAUCUGAAAGCAGUUGUCUAUACCAGUGAGUAUGUAAGUAAUGAAAUAUAGGUGUUUUCAGGAAGUCUUUUACCUGCACAAGAAGGUGGCACAUGCUUACUAAUAAUCAUAAACAGAAAAUCUCCUUUAAACCACACAGUGCAUGACCCCCUCUGAUAAUUCCAAUAACAUGAGGCAAUUUUAUUUCACUGUUAUUUCUUUUUUUGCUUCUUUGUAAAAAUCUGCAAAGUAAAUUGUUUUAUGCAAAUUCAAUAAUGAUCAAACCAAAUGUGCCUACUGUUAAAGAUUUCCAGGUAAGGAUUUUGAGGAAACCCUCUCUGGAAUUCCACUAAAUGUAUGAGAGUUUAUUUUUAUUAUAGCAUAUUUUAAUAUAAAUAAUUAUGUAAUUGAUGACUCCAUAGUACAUUGAUUACAGUGGAUCAGAAAAAGAAUGGAAUCUUAGUUAGGUUUGUUUGUUUAUUUGUUUGUUUGUUUGUUUGAAGAGAUUAUUUUGUGAAACAGACCAAUGCCCUUUCAAACCAGUCAUCAUCCAUUAGAUUCCCACACCCUGGUCCUUUCAAAUCAAGAAAUUCAGACUAUAUAAAACUCAUAGCCUAUAUUGGGUGCAGGUCUCCAAAUAAAGAGCUGGGAAAUAAAUAGUCAAAUUGGUCAUAAAACAAAAGAUUAAAUCUCAUGUUCGUUAUUUAACUGUAAAGAGAGAAUAAAUAGUGUAUUGCAACUUUCUCCAAUUUUGACAAUUCAACAUUUUAAACCAAGUAGUUCUGAUUUAACAAAAUUCUCAUUUUGUUUUUUUGUUUUUGUUUUUGUUUUUGUGGUUGUAUUGAAGAAAAUAAAGGAAGAGUAAAUGUCAUUAUCCUCUUACUCUGCUUCCCUCUAUGAUCAUCAUAGUUUUUUUUUAAUAAAAUAUUUACUGGUCUUUUCCCUUUAAUAAUGAAGUUUUGCACUUCACACUGAAAUCAUCCUAAGAAGGAUAAACAGAUAAAGCACUAAACAAUAUCUUGAGGGAUUUUCUUUACAUUUUAAAGUGACUAUCCUACAUAGACAGGGGAAUGUAUAUAAAUCUCCUAAGGAAAGAGACAAAACAAAGUGAGAUUCAGAACAAUGAAGUGUCACAGAGGGGAAGAGUAAUGAGUGUGUGGGGAGAAGCCUACAUUAAAUUCCAAUCCAUCCAGUUAGAUUCUGUGCUGUGUCUGCCAUCUGCCUGUUGUGUAUAUUGAAUCCUCAAAGACCUUCGAUUUAAGAUGGUGCAUAAAGGUGGGAAAACAGAAAAAGGCAAUGCUCAGGUUACAAAAACGUCUAACCUCACUGGCAUAAAAAUAUCAUUCCAGAAUGAGUGUCAGUAAAUGCAAAUGAGCCCACCAUGAAACAGUACCUUGAUCUUUGAGAACAGCAAAUGUCACCUUAAAACCAGCCUUGUUGCUUGAAAGUAUGAGAACAUUGUUACAAUGUAUUUAAUGGACUCAGCGUCUAUUGCCUUCCUGUGGAAACAGUUUUAAACUAACAAUUGAGAGAUGAAUCACAAACAGAAUAUGAAGUUGCAGCACUGAAAACCAAGUAACUUAUUGUUUUUGCAACUGCCGUGUGCAUUUCUGUGAUGAAAUUAUUUAUUCUUAUUUAACAAAAAUUAUGUGCAAAGUCUUCUAUAUUUAAAAUGUUUUGCUGUUGUCCUUUUUUAAUUUAUGCUUCUUGUUUGUGUAUAAAGUGCACUUUGUGAGUUGAUAUAAUAUACAGCACUGGUGGCUUUGUAUUUCUUUUUUACAGAAGGCUUUCUGUGUGGAACAGGUGUAUGUGUAUAUAUUCUGCAUGUAUUUUCAAUCUGCCACUCUCUUAAAUUUUAAACUUCCAUCGCUAGCAAUGUUCCUUACUAAUCACUGUGUUAGUAGCUCAUCUAAAUACCAAUAACACUGGCUUUUUCAGAUCAUGAGUUUUAAAAAUGUGUAUUUAAUCAAGCAAGUUGCAAGUUUUAAACUAGAGGACAUAUAUACUUUAGGAGCAUCCCACAGAAGCUAAGACACAGUGAAGAAUAGGAUUUGAAACAGGCAUAGCACACAGAAGGCUGAGGGAAGAGGAUCAUGAACCAGAGUUGUCUGGGAUACAUAGCAGAUCCAUGCUUUAGGAGAAGAAAUAGAUCAGUUUCAAUCACAUCACUGAUAAAUAUAUACAAGGAGAUGUUAAUGUACUAUAUGGAUGUUAUAGACACAUAACUUCUAAGUGAUUAAAGAAUGAUAAAUACAAAGUCUUACAGCUUUAGAAACAGCUCAGCCAUAAAUACAGUGUCUGAGUGUCUGAGCCUCUAUUGUCUGCAGAGAUUCUAUAGAUGAUCUCAAACAAAACUGGAUCUGUGUAUUUCUGAUAAUACAAGUCAUAAUCUUGUCUAUGGGUAUAGAUGUACAUAACAGAAUAUGACAUCGUACUACUAUGAUCAAAUUGGCCAGAGUGAUGGGAAAUGGGAUUGGCAGGAACCACUCUUGUAACAAUAGCUCAUUUGUGACUGGGAUUCUGCAGUCUAGUUGUAGAAAAAAAGUCAAGCACUCUUGGCUCCACUGUAAAAUCCACUGAGUCAAUUCCUGGCUCCAAUGUUCCUCCAUUAACAACUUCCUUGUUAGCAAAUUAACCAGCUCAGUCAGUGCCACCAGCAAGGGACAUAGGCAGGUUCAGAAGUCCAGGGUGUACACUAUGACUGCAGCUCAUGGUUAGAAAUAUGAUGAAUACACUACUUAAUUCUACUCUGAGUUGAAAACCCUACAAAACAGCCAAGCCAUAAUGUGUUAAUACCACACAUCUAUUUACAGUGAAACAUGGGGCCACACAAAUGCAUUAUACCUUUCAAUAUUUCAUGGCUACAAAAUAAAAGAAAUAACCAAAAGAACAAAAUAUGUCAUUCAAAACAGAUGUGAAAUCUUAUUAAAGGAGUUUCAUCAUUGAAACACACAGAAAAGGCACUUGUAUAGUUUCUGUAUUAUUGUUCUCAUUGGUCAACAGUCUACAGUUCUAGAGAAUCAAACAAGUAGAUCAGUUUGGUAAAAAUGUGGUAAUAAACCCUUAUUCAUGUGAAAUAUAGGUAUAGCUUAGUGAAUCAUAUAACCACAAAACAUCAAUCUAUAAUCAAGCCAACUUUUUUACUCAAUCAAACAAUAAGGUCAUAUUGCAGUACAGGUCUAUUCAUUAUUAAGUUAAUGCACAGGAAUAAAAAUCAGUAAAAAACAAAAAGUAUAUACACACCUAACAAAUUGUUGGUAUGGAAUAUAAUUUCUGGUGCAGAUAUUAUAGGGCAUAUAAUAUAGCAUUUAUGUAUGUGCAGAGAGAACAGGAAUUUGAUGUAACAUUAGUCCACCCAGUUAAUUGUGAUUUAUUAAUAUAUCAGCAUCUUUUCAAUAUGUUUGCUCUCUGAUCUGUGUGAGGUUGGAACUCCUACUAAGCCCUUGCACUGCUGAAAAAUCCUGUCUUCCCUUCUUCCAUCAACCCCACCCACAAGGAGAGAACUCCUGCCUUACAAGUUGUCACCCUUGGUCUUCUCAGUUCUGGCCACCCACCCAAGAUUGCCUUCCCAAGGGCUCAUCUUUUGACCAUAUAUGGGUACAGCCCCAGAUCCUGGCUUACAUGUGGUCAUUCCUUGAUAAAGAUAUAUAAAAUCUCCUUGCCUUUACCAGGUGCCCAACUUCCCUGGUCCUGUUCUUUGGUGAACCCAGUGAACCUGCGUGGGAACAGCACCUAAAAGGAUCUGCAUUUACCUGCUCUUAGUCUGGUCUUAUCUGGUGUAUAUUUGUGGCACCAAGGGAAACAAAGCCUGUUAGUCCCUAACUUAUGGCUCUACUAACCAGCAUAUGUGGUCCACAGAGGUUAAAAGAAAAAAUAAGCACUGUUCCAUCUGGCCCAUCACCCUACCAGAUAAUAACCCAAGUGACUCAGAACUCCAAGGAUACCUGUGCUCAGAAUACACUGUUUUGUAUCUCCAUUUUUCUUUGUCUAAUCCAGUGAAAAAACAUUAUUAUAACAGAGGUGCUGCAGGGUGGUGGUUGCACCCUGAUCAAAUUCCAGCAAUUGGGAGGCAGAGGCAGGCAGAUUUCUGAGUUUGAUGCUAGCCUGGUCUACAGAGUGAGUUCCAGGACAGCCAGGGCUAUCCAGAGAAACCCUGUCUCAAAACAAAAUAAAACAAAACAAAACAAACAAACAAACAAAAAAACAGAGGUGCUAACAUCUUUAGCAAUGACUGUCGAAUACAGUAUUGCUGACUUGUUUUUUAGUUUCCACACAAUUCUAUACUUGCUAAAAAAAAAAAAAAAAGAUCUCUACCUUUUUUGUCAAGGACAGGCACAAUUUAAUCCUCAGGGUUUGAGAAGUCAGCAUAACUAAUGGCCAUUCUAAUCCAAAGUAUGUUUGAGGACACUUAAGAUAGCAUCAAAACUUGAAGAGAGACAGGUAAGAGUUUGGUUUUGGUAUUUCUGAAUUUCUAAGUUGUCAACAGUUCAUGGAAAUGUCUGUGUGUGGAUUUUCUUCUUAAACAUUGUAAUAUUUCAUGCUGGAGUCAACAUUUAGUCCCUAGAUUUCAACCUCUUUCUGAUGUUUACCUUGAAAUAUUGGUGCCUAUACAGAGAGAGUAAUUAGAGUAGGGUUUUCACCAAUGUGUAAAACUGUAAAGUUACACUUCUGGUCUAUUCAUGGCAGUACUGAAAUGGACAUUCCUUGCAUGUGGCAUGGAAAUUGACCGUUCAUUUGCUACAGUCAAGAACUGGCUAACACUGCUUAUAUUUUAGUAGUGAUGAUUAAUUGGUUGGUUGGUUGGUUGGUUGGUUGGUUGGUUGGUUGGUUGGUUGGUGGCAAACAUUCAUAGUUUUGAGAGUAGAUAUCACAAGUAGUUUAGUCAAUGGCAGAAAUGCAACCAAUGUGAGAUAAGCAAUGGCACCAACUUUUAUCAUUGUUCAUGGGUAAGCCAAAUGAUAAACCUUAAUAGCUAGAACUCAGAUGUUCGAAGUCUAAAAACAUAUUUCUCUGAUAAUAAAAGAUAAUGACAUUUCACGUCUCCACUUUCUGAAAAUGAUGGCGUGUGAUACAUUGAAUGGCCAAAAAAAAAAAAAUAUCUUGGAAAAAGUAAGACAGGUUUUAAUUGACAACUUCAGAUUGGAAUUGGCUAUUUAGAGUACUGCUAUAUCUCAGUCUACAGCCCAAACAAGAUCCCUCUUUUUUUUUUUUCUUCAAGAAAACAUUUGAAUUGAGCUGUUUUGGACCUACACUGUUGUUAUUUUCAUUGAGGAAUACUAUUUUGUAAAACAAAAACAAAGUUUCUGUGUGAAAUUAAACUGUAUACCUAAAUGCUGUUUCAGUAGACAUAAUAAAUAGAAAUUGUAAACUA